AUGAAAAACUUUCAUGAGGAAGAUCGAGAAUAUGAUGAAGUAAGGGAUGACCACCAUCGUAUAGUUUCACAAGAAGUAAGGGAUUACCAUCAUAUGCCCUCAGAAGACACGAAACAAGGAGUAGUGCAUGGUUUUGAUGAUAGUAAAGGUAAAGAAAUAGUACUGCGAAGUCUAAAUUGUGAGAACAAUCAAGAUCCAGAUCGAAGUCGAAUAUGCAAUGUGUGUGGUAAAAGAUUUGGGAGUGGACAAGCUUUGGGAGGUCACAUAAGUGUCCACUUUGAACCUCGUCUAGGUCCCAAGAAGAUGAACAACAAGUUUAAGGUCACCAAGCAACAACAAUUACAAUAUUAUCCUUCUUUGGAUAAUAAAUUCUCAUGCCAUAUUUGCAAAAAGAUUUUCCCAUCAAGGAAAUCCUUGUAUGGCCACAUGGGAUCCCAUAGUCGAAGAGUCAAGUCUCCUUCUUUUUCUUCUUCAUCAUCAUCAACAUCAUCUUCAGCUGAGUGUAAUGAUCGUGAUCUUAAAGAGCAAGAUUAUGACCGAGUAAAGUUCUUACCAGGCUGGGCUAAGAAAGAUAGGGGAGACAAGAAGAUAGCUAACCAAACACCUAAUUAUAACAAUGCUUUUGCAAGAAAGUACAAGUUCCCCUCAUCAAAGAGAUUGAAAUUCUUAGAUGGCCAUACAUGCAAUAUUUGCUACAAGAAGUUCCCAACGGGGCAGGCUCUUGGAGGCCACAAGAGGGCUCACUACUUCGAUGAAGCACAACCAGUGCUAGAAGCUCCACCAGCAGCUACAGUUAAAGUAGCAUCGACCAAGGAUCAUGAUGAUGGUGAGACCAUAGAUCCUGUGGAUUCCUCGCCAUUAAUGCAACUGGCUGAACAAGCAUUGCAUCUUCUCCAAGCGAAAAAUAAACACCUCCAAGAAGAUGAUGAAGAUCAAGAAGAUCAAGAAAGCAUGGAUCGUGAUGAUGAGGACAUACAUUCACAAGAGUCAGAACAAGAAGUAGAACUAUAUGAUGAUCAGAAGGGUAAACAAGUAGUACAGAGUGAUGUUCAUAAUCAAAACGGAGAUCGGGUUUGUGAGCAAUGUGGUAAGAGAUUUCAAAAUGGAAAAGCUUUGGGAGGUCACAUAAAAGUUCACUUCAAUCAAUCUCUUCUUCCCAAGAAGAACAAAAACUUGUUUAAGCCCAAGAACAAACAUCUUUCUUUGAAGGAAGCACAUAGUCCUGUUGGUGAUGAUCACAGCAACAAAAUUUCAUGCUAUGUUUGCAACAAGAAUUUCCCAUCAAUCAAAUCUUUACACGGUCACAUGAGACUCCACCGAGAAAGAGACUGGAAGGGUGUCAGGCCUCCGGGGCCUUCUCUGUCCCCGUGUGACGAAAGCAACUCUUCUUCUUCAUAUGAAAAUGUGUCUGAAGAUGAGGAUGAUGGUGAUGGUAGUUUAUCUGACCGCACCAUAGAGACAGAUAAUGAUGUAGCAAAUUUCUUAGUAAACUGGACCAAGAUCGAACUGAGACGCAGGAGUCUAAUUGCUAACCAAACCGAGCCUAAUCAUGCAGAGAAUAGUGGUCUAUCUAACCAAAGACAAAGAGUGCCUCAUUAUGCAGAGGACCAAGUUGGUGAAUUUGCAGGGAAGAAGCCAAUAGAAGAAUCACCAGUUGGAUACAAAGGCAGCCCUUCAUCUAAAAAAAUCAAAUGUGAUGGUAGAAGUAACAAGAAAAGUACCAUGGAGGCAAGUAAAAGUACUGGAGGUACAAAACCCAUGAAAGACAUUGGCUUGCUUGAUCAAACCCACAAGCAGAUUCCAACAAAGCGUCAAGAAUUUGGAUCCAGAAGAUCAGAUACAAUCAGUGAUGUGAACAUGGAUGAAGAUUCUGGGUUUAGUAGUAAAUAUGUGGAAAACCAAGUUGGUGAACUUUCAGUGAAGAAGCCAAUACAAAAAUCACCUGUUGGAUACAAAGGCAAAUCUUCAUUAAAGAUCAAAUUGAAACUUGAUGGUAAAGGAAAGGCUUCUAUGCAAGAUGUUGAUGAGAAUGAUGAUCAAACUAGUUGGAAGACGAAGCCAAAGAAGAUGACGAUGAAGUCGACUUCAAAAACAGGUACAAGACCCAUAAAAGACACUGCUUUACUUUACCAAACCCGCAAGCAGAUGGCAAGAAAAACUCAAGAAUUUGGUACUAAAUUUGCUGAGAAGGGAAAAUACCAUGAAGAAGCUGAAGCAGUGGAACAUGGCAUCAAACAGUUUGAGUGCAAUAUUUGUCCCUGCAAGUUCUCAACGGGUCAGGCUCUUGGAGGCCACAAGAGAGGUCACAACUAUAAAGGAGUACCAGUGGAAGAAGCUCGAGGAACAGCUCAAGUAGCACCCAUGGAUUUAGAAGAUGGUGAGAUCAGAACAGAUCCUACAAAAUUCAACUUGGAUCUCAACCAACUUCCUCAUCAGACAGACGAUGAAGAUAUUGGUGGGUAG